AUGUCGUAUGAAAUCCCAAAUGGCCUCCGCUAUCAAAAUUUUCUGCGGUUCAGUAGCUACAAUGCCAGAUACCCUCCACCACCUUUCCACCUCCUCCUCCACCACUCCCCCUUUCAUCACACCAAAAUUUCCUUCGCUUUCCCGCCCCAAGCACGCCCAUUUGGCCCCUCCUCCUCCGCAACCCGAUUCCAAUUCCAUCUCCAUUUCCAUCCCUUCCACCGCCCCCCAUCAUCCAGUUCCCAGGAAAAUAACAACAUUGCCCCUCCUCUCAAAUUCCAGCUCCUCCAGGAGAAACUCUUCUACUUAGACUCCCUCGGCCUCGACUCUCUCUACUGCCUCGCUGCCCACUCACCUAUCCUUUUUACUCCUCUCUCCCAGAUCAAGUCCCUCGUCAAAUUCCUCCACUCCCUCGGCCUCACCACCCCUGAUCUCCGCCGCUCUUUUUCCAUGUGCCCCGACCUUCUGGCCACCCCUCUCAGAACCGUCUUGAGACCCGCCGUUACUUUUCUCCUCCGGGAGGCCCACGUCAGCGGCAAGGAUCUCCGCCACGUCAUCAACCGCCGCCCCCGCCUCCUCACUUGCAGCGUCGACCGCCGCCUUCGCCCGGCCCUUUACUUCCUCCGAGGUACCAUUGGCAUUGACGAUGUCAGCAGGUGCGCUCCUCUUCUCUCCUGCUGCGUCGAAUCAAAGUUCAUCCCUCGUCUCGACUAUUUUUUGAAACUUGGGAUACCCAAAAGGGAGGCCAUUUCGCUAUUUCGGAGGUUUCCGUCCCUGUUUUGUUACAGUAUAGAGGAGAAUUUAGAGCCCAAAUUCAAUUACUUCGUGGUGGAAAUGGGAAGGGAGUUGAGGGAGUUGGUUGAUUUCCCACACUAUUUUUUGUUUAGCUUAGAGAAUAGGAUAAAGUCAAGGCACAAGAUGUGUGUGGAGAGGGGGGUGUGUCUGUCAUUGCCUGUGAUGUUGAAGUCUUCGGAGGCCCGAUUUAUGGAUAGGUUGGAAGUCUGUUGUGAUUCUUCGGUUCCUUUGGCAACUUCUCCAUUGUGGUGCAAAAGGGUCAAUCUUGAUAUUGAUGUAACAUAGGAAAAAUCAUAGUCAUGUAUACAUUCUCUACUGCACUGCACUUGUAUCUGCUUACAACAAAAUAAGGAAAAGUAAAUACGAAAUUCCAUUUUUUUGCUGAAUUUGAUCGA